AACACCAAAGAAGAAGAAGCAAAGGAUUUCCAUCCGCUUCCGGUUUGUGUAGCAGUUGAGUACCAAAUGAUAAUACAGGAGCACUGAGACGAGACACCUGGUUUUUAAUCAUUAUUGCGGCUACAAUGUCUGUGGCCAUGAGUUCAACUUGUCCAGGCACCUACUGUGGCAGGAUGAUGGUCAAUGGGUCCGUGGAGGGAGAGUGUGGUGUUUGUCCUCGUGGAGAGCGGGCCAACCUCCAGAAUGUGUGUGAACGCUGCACUGAAUCCCCUGAGCUCUAUGACUGGCUGUAUUUGGGCUUCAUGGCCAUGUUACCCCUCGUGCUGCACUGGUUCUUCAUCGAGUGGUACUCAGGAAAGAAGAGUGUUUGGGUUGUUCAGUUCCAGUGCUCUGCUGCAGCACAUCACAGCCAUGUUGGAGUGCAGUGUGUCGACUGUGGUCACCUUGCUGGUCACAGAGCCGGUGGGAAAGCUCAGUAUCCAUUCGUGUCGCGUCCAGAUGCUGUCAGACUGGUACACCAUGCUGUACAACCCGAGCCCAGACUACAUCAACACAUUACACUGCACCCAGGAGGCCGUCUACCCGCUAUACACCAUUGUGCUGAUCUACUAUGCAUUCUGCUUGGUGCUGAUGAUGCUGCUGCGUCCUCUGCUGGUGAAGAAGAUCGCAUGUGGACUGGGCAAAUCUGAUCGCUUCAAGAGCAUCUACGCUGCUCUCUACUUCUUCCCCAUCCUCACCGUGCUCCAGGCUGUGGGGGGAGGACUGCUCUACUAUGCGUUUCCCUACAUCAUUCUGGUCCUGUCUCUGGUCACACUGGCUGUUUACAUGUCUGCCUCUGAGAUACAGUCCUUUAAGAACCUGAUUGCUAAGAAGAAGCGUCUGGUCGUGCUGUUCAGCCAUUGGCUGCUCCACGCAUACGGCAUCAUCUCUAUCUCCCGAUUGGACAAGCUGGAGCAGGACCUGCCGCUGUUGGCCCUCGUGCCUGGCCCCGCCCUCUUCUACAUCGCCACAGCCAAGUUCACAGAGCCCAGUCGCAUCCUGUCUGAGGGCGGCAACGGACACUAACAGAUCCAACAUGGAUUUGACUCAUUGCUACAGUUCAAACUUUGAGCUUCGAUGACUGAAACACCUCUAAAGUAAGCUCUGUGUGUUACUGCAACACACUGCUGUGUGUUACUGCAACACACUGCUGUGUGUUACUGAGUAAUCCUGCGGCUUUGAAUGGGCUUCACUUUCUGGGCUCAUGUGAUCAGUGGCCUGAUAGUGAUGACAUCAUGAGCCGGGCAUGUUAUUUAACAUUCAAGAUCAACUCAAAAUGCUAUAUUAUUAGUUAAAGUUGGACAAGAACUACUUUAGGUUUUGUAUAAUUCAUGUAAUUCUCUUCAUGAUUUCUAAACAGGACAGAUUUAAUCUCAGAAUAUUUGCAGCUAAUGAUUCUAUUUGAUUCAAGUCUCAUAUAGUGCAUAACAAUAGUGACUAAUAGAUACCACCCAGUGAUGUUUUUAAAUGAGUCAACAGAGCAGAUCUGCUAAAGAAGCUGCCACCACACAGUUUGCUAUUUUAACUUGAUAAAUGAGAAUCGUGUCCUGAAUACAAAUCGUACCUGCUGGUCUUAUAUUUACUCAACAUUCUCCUAGUGUGUGGAAAAUGCAUUUGUGUACAUUCUCUUGUGAAUACAGUGUAUUAAUGAGGAUGGAAGGUGGUUGUGGUGAAGAAAUUCACUGGGCCUCAUGUGUAAUAGAAGUGCACCAGCAGGGGGGGGGGGGGCAAUCUUAUUUCUAAGACUCCUCUAAUCUUCAUGAUUGUAGCUGCAAAUGAGAUGACUGUGUGAUUUGCUUCAAACUCAUUUUCAAGUUUUAUGUUUGUAUUUAUUGUUACUUUAUAUUUUCUAUUUCAAUACACACUAACAUGCUUAUAUUAGCUAAGAGAUAAGAGAGGCUGUUUGAUGUUGCAGUGGACAGAAUGUGAUCAGAGCUGUAGGAGGUGUUAACACUGUGGAUGUAUUGUUCCCACUAACCCGUACAUGAGGCACACACUCAGGCGAGGGGAAACAUGUGAUUUACUCAGAUAAAAGAAUUCACUGAAAUACAGAGAAGCACCGUCUCUGGCGUGUUGAUGCUUAUGUGAUGCUGUUAGUUGUGUCCUUGUCCUGAGCCAUGCUGUAAAUAUAUGGAAGUAUGUAUACUUGUAAAUAGGCUUUUGCUUGAGUAAUACAAUCAUGUAGGUUUUCAGCACUUUCUGUAUUGAAAAAUAAGUUGUAUGUGCCAAAUGUGAACGGUAAAGUGGCUGCAGCAUGGCCUUCCUUAUCUCAAGUGUAUUGCAGGACGUUCAGUCCGGACCUGCCUUCAUGCCAGUGUCCCGCCAUCUGUGUUCAGUAUUAAUGUGUCAUGAAACCGUUCCAGAAAUAAAUUCAAUAAAGAACCA